AUGUCUUCAACUUCCGCUCCAGGUGGAGGGGUUCUAUGGGUGACGACCAGCGUGAUGAACAAGGCACUGCCUCUUUCGCUUCUCGACGACUGGUACGAUGAGCACAAGGAUGACGUGCUCAACGCUCACGGGCAUGGCGGCCUCGUUCUCCGAUACAAGAACCUCGAUCCCGCAACCGAUCCAUAUUUCGAUCCUAAGUUCGCCGAUCGGUCUACAUCGGAUGCCACGCUCAGAAGCAUUGCCGACUCGCACUGGGUGUACCUUGCCUUGGUUAAGCUGAGCGAUUUGGACUGGUUGACGAGCAAACAGUUCAUCGACAUGCCCCGGGUCUCUAAACAAUUACCUCCAGAAGCAGAUGGGUCCAUAGGCAGCGCCUUCAGCUGUUGGUAUGCCGCGCUGCGCAGUUACGAGACGGUUGGCAAAAUUGACGAUGCAACUGGAAAGUCGACCCAACCGAAAUAUAUUCUGAGCAUACAGACCCGUGACGCCGAUGACUCCACCUGGGCUGCACUGGACGAGAAAUACAACACAUUGCCGGGAUUCCGGGGCGUGGUCAAGUAUAAGAAUGUCAACGGGUUGUUGGAGUAUCAAGAACCAGGGCAGCUACCGGUCGGGCUUGCGCUGUACCAGUUUGACGGGGAAGAGCCUCCUCAAUCGCCCGUGGGAACAGAUCAAAUCGUCAAGGCAGACGUUUGGGAGUACAUCUUGGAGGCGGGCGAUAAGUCACUCCGUCUGUAG